AGGAUCAUUCGUCACACUUCACAGCACUUCUACUACACGAUAAAUAGUCAUGUCUGCCACUCCAAACCCAUACAAGCCCUCUCCACUCUCCUUCAAUAGCCCGCGCACAUCACCCUUCAGACGGCCAAACUCCCCUCUCACCUCUCCAGCAACCGUCAGAGCCACAACGCCUACCAGCUCUCCCCUCAAACCCUCCACUCCUUCCAAUCUAUCGCCGGAGAAAAUCUCACAAGCGUCCCUUCGCCCAACCGCAACCAGCAACGCCCCGCCAACAUGGCUCACAACCCGCGGGACGACCGCUACACCAGAACCACCGACAUCGCCAACGCGUUCCAGCGCCACAGCUGCCACGCUCCGGCCAACUGACCCUCUCCCCUCAUACGACGACACGGACUCACCAAGAGCAUCGUCUUCACGCCCCGUACCCCUCACGCGUACCGCCAGCUCCGGCGACGCAAUGACCAAAAUACCACCCCCUCUCCUCCAUAGCAUGCGCGAAUCCUUCAGCGUGCUCGAUCGCUCCAACACUGGCACCAUCGCCGCAGCCGACGUCGCCGAGAUGCUGAACCAGCUGGGACUGGACAGCUCGCCUGCCUCAUUAUCUGCAUACUUUCCCGCCGGAUUCCAAACGAUGAACCUGGCAACAUACUUGAACACACUGGCUGGAUUACUCGCACCAUUGUCGCAUCCGUCCGAGCUUAAUGCGGCAUUCUCCGCAUUCGAUGACGACGACUCGGGUCAGAUCGACCUGGCGGAGUUGAAGGAUGCUCUGUUACAUACGGCGCCUGAGCCCGGCGAGAGCAAGCUGAGCGAGAGAGAGAUUGAUAAGGUGGUGGAGGGGUUCAGUGGUCGGAAGGCGUUCAGCAAAGGAGGGAAGGGAAUGGGACUUGGCGGGCAAGGAGGGCGAGGGGAGGUAUUCCGAUACAAUGAGUUUGUGGCUAGUGUGACUGGCGGCGGAGCCAAUAGUGAUGGGAAGGCGCAAGGAUGAUUAAGAAUGUGGUUGAUAUUGGGUUCUGGAUACGGGCUUAUGGUUGGGAUGCUUCGGUUCCUGGAGGUGGCGUUUAGGUCCCAAACGAUACAGAAUUGAUACUAGAGACAUAGUGCCCCCUUGUAUAUGUAUGAGAAAUGGUUUCAGGAAGCCCCACGUACUUGGGGUUUGCAGUGGUCACUUUGGCAAAACAGGCCAAGUUCGUUCAGCAAAACUUUUCCAGGGACUUUUCGAUCUAUAAAACUCGGGCUUCUAAGACUUGAAUCUAAGAACUACAAGCAGAC